AUGGCCCCUGAUGGUUUCGAAAGGCUAGUCUUGGCGGUCAAUGGACAAUUUCCUGGUCCAAUUAUUCGGGCGAAACAAGCAUACAUUGGCACGGAAUUCGGCAGAAGUAUACAAGUCAUCAAGAUGGCACAAACGGGGUCACAGAAUGCUAACUCCCGAUGCAUAGGCCCUAUCGCUCCCGGGGCUACAAAAACAUACGAAUUUAAAUGUACCCAGUACGGAACAUCGUGGUAUCAUAGCCAUCAUACUGUACAGUACGGGGAUGGUGUUUUGGGUCCAAUCAUAAUUGACGGUCCAGCAACUGCCAAUUACGAUAUCGACCUUGGAACAAUGCCGAUUCAAGAUUGGUAUUACCGAACGGCGUGGCAGAACGCACUCAUUGGCAUUCCUCCCAUUGCUGAAAAUGGCCUUUUAAAUGGGACAAUGGUGAAUGCAAAAGGCGGAGGUAGUUACCACCAGAACACAAUAAAGAAGGGGAAGUCGUACCGGUUACGAUUGAUAAAUACGUCGGUGGACAACUACUUCAAAGUCCAUCUGGACAAUCACACUUUCACGGUGAUUUCAAGCGACUUUGUUCCGAUCGUCCCAUACCAGGCGGACUGGUUGUUUAUUGGAAUUGGCCAGCGCUACGAUGUGAUUAUUCACGCUGAUCAAGACAUCGGCAAUUACUGGUUUAGAGCCGAAGUUCAACAGGGAUGUGGCCUAAACGCAAUGAAUGGCAGGAUUAGAAGUAUCUUUAGAUACGAAGGUGCUGACGAGAAAGCGCUGCCCACAUCAAUCGCCAGCAAUUACACGCAAAGCUGUACUGACGAGCAAGGGCUUGUUCCAUUCGUUCCGAUCAACGUCCCCUCUGCCCAUUUCAUCCAACACGUUAAAGAUCUCAAUGUGACCUUUGAGAGCGAAUAUAGUUCACCCGGGAAUAAUUUCGUCCACUGGAGAAUAAAUGGAAUCCCGAUUGAAACAGACUGGGAGUAUCCUACACUUCAAUACGUCCUUGACGGCAAUACUAGCUACCCAAGGAAAUUGAACCUUAUUGAGCUACCGGAACAUAAUGUAUGGACAUACUGGAUUAUCCAGGCUGCUUUCGGGAGCAUCGUCAACGUCCCACACCCCAUCCAUUUGCACGGGCACGACUUCUCUAUUCUCGGCACUGGAGUUGGGGACUUUCCAGGACCUAACGUACUCAAUUUCACCAAUCCACCACGUCGGGAUGUCGCCAUGUUACCUGACCUCGGGUGGCUAGCUAUUGCAUUUCCAACAGAUAACCCUGGUGCAUGGUUGGCGCAUUGUCAUAUUGCCUGGCAUGCCCACGAGGGUCUCGCCGUUCAAUUCCUUGAACGCGGUUCAAAUAUUUUAUCCGCGCUUAACAUCCGUCCCGAGUGGGAAACUACCUGCCGACAAUGGAGGGAUUACAUCUCAAGCAGGGCGUUGUUUCAGCAAGACCGUUCCGGAGUUUAG